GUACGGUCAUAUCUAAAUACUACAGUAUAUUUACUCAAUUAUUUCGUAAUUUAAGUCAUAUUUUAUCAAUGAAUUAAGAUAAGGCGAACAGGCCGCCCAAAACCAAAUGACUUCGCAGAUCUACAGCCAGAAGAAGUUCGUGCCCACGCCGCCCGAGAAGGGCUCCUUUCCCCUGGACCACGAAGGCCUCUGCAAGAAGCAGUUCCUGCUCUACGCCAGCUGUCUCAGGAAGAACGCCCAGGACACGAGCCUGUGCCGCCAGGACGCCCAGAGCUAUCUGGCCUGUCGCAUGGACAACAAUCUUAUGGAGAGAACCGAGUGGUCCAAGUUGGGCUUCCACGAUCAGAGCGAGAAAACCGACAAGAAAUCGUCGGAGGAGCAGAAGCAAUAG